AUGGUGGCUAAGGUUCUGGCAAGCUUUCAAGAGCUCAAGGGGUGUACCCCCACCAAAUUCGUCACCUCCCUAGAUUUUUCAGGCGACGCGGGAACUUCCCUGCGAAAGCGUCAGACUGAAGCCUUUUUAAUCAGGUCCACUGUAGCAGAGAUUCGUCGCUAUGGACCCCUCAGAGCUCCCGUCGCCGUACUUCCGUUGAUUGAGGCCGAUCGGUACGCCGUGAAUUACGGCGUGCAUCCCGCCUCGCAUUCCGCCGCGCAUCACGGCGUGAAUCACUCCUUAGUCGUGAAUGUGGAUGAUGAUGAGGAGGACGAGGAGGAGGAAGAAGCGGCUCGACGUCACGAUGCUGACGUGGCAGAGGGAGCAGAAGCGCAGAUCGCGGAUUCGUCAAGAUAUGAAAUCCCUCAAAACGCGCUAUCGCCUUUCGAUGCGUCUCAACUAUCUCCGUACGGUUUCAGUUCGGAGUACGGUUCGCACGGCACGAGUGAUCGGCAUUCCAGGCCAAUGACGGGGAUGCAUCAUCAUGCACACUUUCUUUACCCACACCCUCCUUAUAUGCACAUUCCCUUUCACGCACAUCCCGGUGCUGGUUCCUCGGGCCCCAUGCCUCCUCCCCCUCCGCAUGAAGUCUCCAGUAUGAAUUUCGCAUACCAUCCUUCGUCGCGAUCGCUGGUUACAAGUUACAAUGCGGGUUACCAGGCGCAUGUGAUGCAUCCUGGACCGUUGGAUCCAGCCAUGGGGAUUCAUCACCACCGCACGAUGGACCAUCAUGAAUCCAUGGAGCAUCAUGAAUCCAUGGAGCAUCAUGGGUCUAUGGAGCAUGUGUCUGGAUCUUGGGGAUACGAUGGGGCUAGAACCAUGGCCGCCGCGCUUACCGCCGCAAAUGGCGCUGCAGCUUCCGCCGCCGUUAGCGCCGCAGUUGAUACUAGAAUCCGAGCAGGAGUGUCGCCGCGAUGCUGA